UCUAAUUCAUAGUUACGCUUGCGCAUUGUAGACACAUAUUUUAAGUACCGAUUUAAACGCAAUAAAUUGCUACAAAGAUGCCCGAUAAAGUCACAAAAAACAUAUUAACCGCGUAAAAAUGAGGUAGCCGACGAAGAAGUGUUAGUUAUCAACUAAUUAGAGGCCUAGAAAAGUGCAGCAAAAUACGUGUGGCCAUUGCUGCGCUUGUGUGUGUGCCAUUGAUUACAUAGUUGGCAUAGGCGACGCACAGGUGCGAGCGAGAGGGGGCAACAUCCGAAAAGGGGCGCAACAGAAACCGCAUUCCAUUUCCAGAAAUCCAGGUUGCAGCUUCCAUCCAUGAGAAAGUGAGCGCCAUGCACCACCAUCAUCCGCCUUUGCCCAUAACGGGAGCAAGUGGCUCCACAGCCGUGGGAACGGGAGCAGCAGCAGCGGAGGAUGCAUCACCGGCUGUUAGUAGUGGGCCCGCCCCCAUAACCAACGCCACCACGCCCGCGGGAUCCAACACACAGCAGCACCAGCGGCGUCGCAAGAAGCGGCCCAACUACAACUACAAUGGCAUCCGCACCGUGGAAGUGCGACGCGGUUACAAUGGAUUCGGUUUCACCAUUUCCGGGCAGCAACCAUGCCGGCUGUCCUGCAUCAUCAGCAGCUCACCCGCCGAGCAAGCUGGCCUGCGAUCCGGUGACUUACUCAUAUCCGUCAACGGUCUUAAUGUCUCCAAGUUGCCGCACGAGACAGUGGUGCAGCUCAUAGGCAACUCCUUUGGCAGCAUUCGCAUGCAGAUUGCCGAGAACUAUUACUCCGACAGCUCGGAUGAGGAGAACGCCCAUGCCACGCUAAGGGGUCAACUGUUGGCAGCCAGUUUGAGGCAUAAGCCCCGGUUUCUACACCACAAGGCCAAGCUGCACAGACUACGCAACUCGCCCCAAAAGAAGCUAAACCCACCAGAGGCAGUGGAAUCGCACAAAUCAAAGUCAUCACCCGAGCACCCGACGUUAAAACCCGUUCUGGAGGAUCCGCCUCUGACAGCCAAUCUAUCCAAAGCAGCGGAUGUGGCCAAUGUAAGUGCCAUGGUGCGGGCUGUGGGCAGCGCUGCACUGGAGUACCGCGUUAUUGUGGGCUAUCUGGGAACCAUCGAGAUGCCCAAGCAGAUUUCGCACAGCUCCAAGCUGCAGACAGUGCGAUCCUGCAUUCGGAAACUGAGACAGGAGAAGCGACAGCCCACCAUUGUGCUGAUGUGCAUCACGCCGGACAGCUUGAGCCUGCAGAGCUCCAGCGGCGGAGUGCUGGCCACCUACUCCUCGGCCAGGCUGAACUUCGUGAGCUCGUCGUCGGAGAGCGAGAAUCGAUUCUUUGGUCUGGUCACUAGCGCCGUGCACAACACCCAGAUCGAGGAGGAGUACGAGCCGAGUGCGGGAAACGGAGCAGCUGCUGGCCACAUCAGUAUAUCGCACAGCUGCCAUGUCUUCGUAAUCGACACCAAGCUGAUCGAACAUGCUCAGCAUUUGCAGCGAGCCCACGAGUUCCGCCUGCAGUGCACCCGGGAUCCCAUCUCGAAUUUGUGUCUAGAGUUCCCCAAUAACUCGGAAUAUGUGGUGAAUCUCGUGCGGAGCAUGUAUACCAUGCGGAUUCUGCCGCCGGCAAGUCGGAGUCAUCAGGCAGACUACGAGGCGGGUGCUGGAGCUGGCGCAGCUGGAGGAGCAGGAGCAGCUGCUCACUCGCCGCAGCCAUCGAACCACAGCGAGAUCUCCACCACCACCUCCAAUUCGGAUUCGGGCAUUGGCUUUAACAACGACUGUACUAAUAUUUCGGAUCGCAUUCUGGUGGUGGACUUCCUGGCUGCAGGAGCGGGGGCAGGGGCGCCUCAUGCGGGACCACCAACUUAUCCAGCACCCGCUCGUCCACUGGGCAUAGUGGGAAUCCCGGAUAACAGACUGACUGUGCGCGCCAUGCCCGAUCAUGCCGCCCUGCUGAGAUCGCCGCCAGCGAGCUGUUCUCUUCGUCGACCCAAUCUCCUGGCCAGUUUCAAUCUGAUCAAGAGUCCCGCUACGAAUCUCACAUCCACACGCUCCUGUGAUGAUGUUCUUAAUCUCUUUGUCGACGAUUCACCGCGUCAUUUGGCUGGCGUGGCCUCCAUGGAUGACAUCUCGCUGCACUCGGCGGCUCCAUCUCUCGAUGAAGGCCACACAUUUGCCCAUCCUGCUGGUGUGCCCCGCAAGAUGCGCAGAUCAUUGGCUCUGGAGACGCCAACCACGCCGCACAAGCUGAGUGCCCAGGUGUUUGGUCAACCUGGCUCGCGCCACUCGCUGGGAUUCGAAGCCCUCGACAGUGUGCAGUCGUCGGUCAGUGGUGCAUGUAUGGAUCAGACCAUGGACACGUGGGCCAGCCUGCAGAAUCUGCACAAAUCGCACAAGGAUCGGAGCAGCAUGUCCGCAUCUUCGUCAUCGCAUUGCCUUCUAGAAGCUACAAACAGUGAACCGGAUUUGGGGAACCGCGCUCUGCCCGCCAAUGCCUCGCCCUUCCGUCGAGCCUGGGGACAGUCUUCCUUCCGCACGCCCCGCUCCGACAAGGUAGCCAAAGAGCAGCAGCAGCAGCAGCUAGGACAGCCGUCGCCCGUAAGACGCACUGCCUCGAUGAACGCCUCCGACAACGACAUGUACAUCAAGACGCUGAUGCUGGACUCCGAUCUGAAGUCGACGCGCAGCCAGCACCAGCUCAGUCUGCUGCAGGUGCCCAAGAUCCUGACCACACCUGCCCCGCCCUCCGCCAUUACCGCGUCCGUUGCUGCAGAGGAUGCGGCCCAGGAUCACGGCUGUCCCAGCAGUUGGGCCGGCUCUUUUGAGCGGAUGCUUCAGGAUGCCGCUGGCAUGCAGACGUUCUCGGAGUUUCUCAAGAAGGAGUUCUCCGCGGAGAACAUCUACUUCUGGACCGCCUGCGAACGUUAUCGUCUGCUGGAAUCUGAGGCAGAUCGAGUGGCUCAGGCCCGAGAGAUCUUUGGCAAGCAUUUGGCCAACAGCAGCAGUGAUCCCGUCAACGUGGACUCGCAGGCACGUAGCCUUACGGAGGAGAAGCUGGCCGGUGCCGCUCCAGACAUUUUUGCGCCAGCACAAAAGCAGAUUUUCAACCUGAUGAAGUUUGAUAGUUAUCAGCGUUUCAUUCGUUCGGACUUGUACAAAAGCUGCGUGGAGGCGGAACAGAAGAACCAGCCCCUACCCUACAGCGGUUUGGAUCUGGACGAGCUGUUGAAGACAAAUUUUCACUUAGGUGCCUUCUCUAAGCUCAAAAAAUCGGCUAGCAAUGCGGAGGAUAGAAGGCGGAAAAGUUUGCUUCCCUGGCACCGGAAGACGCGGAGUAAGUCCCGCGAUCGCACGGAGAUAAUGGCUGACCUGCAGAACGCGCUGAUGCCGGCACCACCAGUACCACCAACCGCCCCGCUCACCAGUGCCUCCCUCAAGCUUGUCUGCGGACAGAAUUCCCUAAGUGAUCUGCACAGUUCUAGGUCAUCGUUGUCCUCGUUUGAUGCGGGCACAGCCACUGGUGGACAAGGAGCCAGUACGGAGAGCGUGUAUUCGUUGUGCCGAGUGAUCCUCACCGAUGGCGCCACCACCAUAGUGCAGACAAGACCUGGAGAGACAGUGGGAGAACUGGUCGAACGAUUGCUGGAAAAGAGAAACCUUGUGUAUCCCUACUAUGACAUAGUGUUCCAGGGCAGCACCAAAUCGAUCGAUGUGCAGCAAUCAUCGCAAAUCCUGGCCGGUAAGGAGGUGGUGAUCGAGCGCCGGGUGGCUUUCAAGCUGGACCUGCCUGAUCCGAAGGUGAUCUCGGUAAAGAGCAAGCCCAAGAAGCAACUGCACGAGGUGAUUCGACCUAUACUCAGCAAAUACAACUACAAAAUGGAGCAGGUGCAGGUGAUCAUGAGGGAUACUCAAGCGCCAGUCGACCUCAAUCAGCCUGUGACCACGGCCGAUGGCCAGCGACUGCACAUCGUGAUGCUAAAUUCGGAUUUUCAGGUAGGCGGCGGCAGUAGCAUGCCGCCGAAGCAAAGCAAACCUAUGAAGCCACUGCCGCAGGGUCAGUUGGAUGAGCUAACGAACAAGGUGUUCAACGAGCUGCUGGCCAGCAAGGCUGACAAAGCAUCCAGCGAGAAGUCGCGGCCCGUAGAUCUGUGCUCCAUGAAGUCCAACGAGGCGCCUUCGACGUCAUCAUCGCUCUUUGAACCCUUGCGGCGUCAGCAGCGCGAUGGCGGCAACAUUCCGGCUAGCAAGCUCCCCAAGCUCAAGAAGAAGUCCACUAGCAGCAGUCAACAGUCCGAGGAGGCAGGAGCGACUUCAGCAGUCGCAGAUCCCAAGAAGCCAAUUAUAGCCAAGCUGAAAGCGGGUGUGAAGCUGCAGGUGACGGAGCGAGUAGCCGAGCACCAAGAUGAACUACUCGAGGGCCUAAAGCGCGCACAGCUGGCACGACUGGAGGAUCAGCGUGGCACCGAAAUCAACUUCGAUUUACCGGAUUUCCUGAAAAACAAGGAGAAUCUCAGCGCAGCUGUAUCAAAGCUGCGCAAGGUGCGCGCCGGCUUGAGUCCCGUGAGCAAGGUACCCGCCACGCCUACGGAAAUUCCACAGCCGGCGCCACGUCUCUCCAUCACACGGAGCCAACAGCCGGUGUCGCCUAUGAAGGUGGACCACGAGCCAGAGACUGACUUGCCUGCCGCGACGCAGGAUCAAACGGAAUUCGCCAAAGCGCCGCCACCGCUGCCGCCCAAGCCAAAGGUGCUGCCCAUUAAGCCCUCCAAUUGGGGCGUGGCCCAGCCCACGGGCAACUAUUGCAACAAGUUCUCCCCCAGCAAACAGGUGCCAACAUCACCCAAAGAAGCCUCCAAACCUGGAACGUUUGCGAGCAAAAUACCACUGGAUCUGGGACGAAAGUCUCUGGAGGAGGCGGGCUCACGGUGUGCCUAUCUCGACGAGCCCAGCAGCAGCUUUGUGUGAUAUAAGUGCGCCCACGUACUAGAAAUGGCUUUACUGAUCUUGCUUGUAUAUAUAUGUGCACUAUUUAUUGAUACUGUAUAUCCUAUUCCCUAUUCUCUAAAUGUCCAAACAAUCCAUGACGAGCUUUUGUAUGUUAUCUACUGAGUGAUCGCCUGUAUUUAUAACUAGCAACAUUAAGCUUUAGCUUUACAACAUUUUGAAUAAAAAUAUGCAAAUAAUAAGUAGUACGCAUUAUUCAAUAAUAUAUAGUGGCUUACCUACCUAAAGUUUACAAGAAAGUUUAGUAUACAUUUUCUAUUCAUCAUAGAAAGUUCAGCAAUGAAAUUAAAAUGUUUACAAGUAAUCCUUAAUUUUCAUCCCAUACGAAAACAUAAGUUCGUUUCUAAUUUCAUUUUUUCCGUAUCUAAAUGGUUCCCAAAUCAAAAAAGCAAAGUAAGAAU